AGAAUUGUGGUCAAAAAACCAAAACCGAAAUUAUGGACUUAUUGGUUGACCGGUUGGGUAAACCAAAAAAUGAAUUAGAUAAUAAUUGUCUAGAUGCCGUUGCCAAAAAAGUUCUUUAUUUUUAUGGCGAAGAAAAAGAAACUAAAAGUAAAGCAAUUUCUUCAAUGGUUGGUCAAGUUGUUGAAAUAACUCAGAGAACUUUCGGACCAGAGAACAAAAGACGACUUUUAGACCAAAAUUUGCUUUUUAAGUAUCGAAAUUCGAUUUUUGGUAAAGAUAUUUGCGACUUUUAUCCAGUCGGAUCCGAGUCAGCGGAACCAAUUUCCCAACCCCAGCCUCAAAAUGACAAGGGGACGGCAGCACCCGACUCAGACGGGGAAAACCAA